AUGGCUUCGUCUUCAUCUUCUUUGAUCCACCUUAAUGCCAAACACGAUGUUUUCAUUAGUUUCAGAGGUGAGGAUACCCGUGAUAAUAUUACAAGCCACCUCUACGCGGGUUUUUGUCAAAAAAAAAUUCAAACCUUCUUUGAUGAAGAUGGACUUAAGACAGGAGAUGAAAUUUCGCCUGCCCUUAUAAAAGCAAUUGAAGAAUCAGUGAUUUCAAUAAUCAUUUUCUCUAGAGGCUAUGCUUCUUCUAAGUGGUGCUUGAAUGAACUUGUAAAGAUUCUUGAAUGCAAGGAAAAGAAUGGCCAAAUGGUCAUACCGGUUUUCUACCAAGUCGAUCCAUCGGUUGUGCGGAAGCAGACUCAGAGCUUCGGGGUCUCUUUUGUUAGGCAUGAAAAAGAUUUCAAGAAGAUGCCAGAAAAAGUGAUGAGGUGGAGAGCCGCUUUGACUCAAGCAGCCAAUCUAUCUGGUUUUGAUUCAGCUGUGAUCAGGCCAGAGUCUAAACUUGUAGGAGAAAUUGUCAAAGAAGUUCUGAAGAAUUUGAAAGAGAAAUUACCAUCUAGUGACUAUUGUAAAGGCCUGGUUGGAAUAAAUUCCCGCAUAAAUAAUGUGAAAUCAUUAUUAUGUAUUGGGUUAUCAGGUUUUCGUAUGGUUGGAAUUUGCGGUAUGGGUGGUAUUGGCAAGACAACAAUUGCUCAAGUUUUGUUUGAACAAAUCAAGCAAAUUUCAGAUGAGUUUGAAGGCUUCCACUUCAUUGCAAAUGUUAGGGAGGAAGCAAAAAGAUGGGGACUUGUUAAUCUACGAAAUCAAGUUAUUUCUAAAAUACUAGAAGAAGAUUUCAAUGAAGGCACUCCAAACUUAACUCAAUAUAUAGAGAAGAGGCUUCUAGGCAAAAAGGUUUUCAUUGUUUUUGAUGAUGUUGAUGAUGUAGAACAAUUGAAAUACUUAAUUGGAGGCACUAGUCGAUUUGGUCCUAAUAGUAAAGUCAUUAUAACCACUAGAGAUAAACAAGUAUUUCGCAGUUAUGGAGUGGAUAACAUAUAUGAGGUUGAGAAGUUGAAGUAUAGUGAAUCGCUUCAGCUCUUUUGUAAUUAUGCCUUCAAACAAAAAUUUCCUCUUACAGAAUUUUUGAAUCUCUCAAGUAGUUUUGUAAGUUAUGCUAAUUGCAAUCCAUUCGCUCUCACAGUGCUAGGAACUUCAUUAUACCAAAGGACCAAACAAUACUGGGAAAGUACAUUGCAUAAACUGAAACACAUGCCUUACCCUAAAAUUCAUGAUGUUUUGAAAGUCAGUUUUGAUGGACUUGAUCGAGAAGAGCGGGAAAUAUUUCUUGAUAUUGUUUGUUUUUUUAAAGGGGAGGAUCGUAAUCAAGCAGAAAAGAUAUUCAAUAGCUGUUACAUGUCUGCACAUGUUGGAUUAGCUACCCUUGUUGAUAAGUCACUCAUAUAUAUAUCACACAAAGAGAAGCUAGAAAUGCAUGAUUUAUUACAAGAAAUGGGUUGGGAAAUUGUUUGCAAAGAAUCCUUCAAACAGCCAGGCAAACGUAGCAGGCUGUGGGAUUAUGAGGAUUCUUUACGUGUAUUGAAGAAUAAAAGUGGAACUGAGGCUGUCGAAGGCUUGUUCUUAGAUAUGUCCAAAAUCACAGACUUGGAGCUAAGCUCCGAAGCCUUUACAAGUAUGCACAAUCUUAAAUACCUAAAAUUCUAUGUGUCUGAUUGGCGUAUUGGAGCUGGAAAUGUACCAAAAGUGCAUCUUCCCCGAGGACUAGAAUAUCUUUCUGAUGAUUUACGGUACCUCUAUUGGCAUGGAUAUCCUCUAAAAGCAUUGCCACCAAAUUUUAAUCCAAAGAAUCUUGUAGAGCUCCACAUGCCACAUAGUAAUGUUGAAAGACUGCCCAAAGAGAGCAUGCACGGUUCCAGUUUCAAGCAGAUCACUCCUUAUGACGUAAAUGCCCCAGAGCUUGAACGUUGUCAAACUUUGCUUGUAGGCUCUUCUAUGCAAUAUCUCAUCAACCUCUGUUUCUUAAAUCUGAGUCACUGUGAAAGUAUUAGUAAUUUUUCGAGUGAUAUCUAUUUUGGUUCUCUGAUAACUUUUAAUCUCUCAUUUUGCCCCAUGAUCACAAAAUUUCCUCAGAUCUCAGGAAAUAUAAAAGAAUUAUAUUUACAAGGAACUGCAAUCGAUGAAGUUCCUUCAUCAAUUGGAUGUCUAAGUAAGUUGGUUGACUUAGAUCUAAGUUACACAGCAAUUAAAGAGCUACCAGCUUCAAUUUGGCGUCUGCGUGGGCUUGAAAAGUUGACACUGGGUCACUGCAAAAAUCUUGAGACUCUUCCAAGGGAAAUCACAUAUCUGACAUCGUUACGUAAAAUUGGUAUUUAUGGUUGCUCAAAACUAAGCAAAUUGCCAGUGAACACGGAGAGAUUAUUGAAUUUGGAAACUCAAAGUACAUACCAUGCUCCCACAAGUCAAUUGCCUUACUCUCUCGUAUUUCGCAUGGAAAUGAGAAGUUUAGGUCUAUCCAAGUUGAUGGAGAUCCCCGAACAUUGUGAUAGUCUAUCAAUACCUGAGCCCCUACUGAGCCUAAGAUAUCUAGCUGCAAGUAAUUGCAAGAAGCUCCAAUCCUUACCCCCAGAGCCUCCAUCAAGGGAUCUUGGAGAAUUACAUGAAUUCAGAUUGGCAAGAGCCUUUGGACAGUGGGUUCAACCAACAGAAGAAGACGGAAUUUCUUUUAGUUUUCCAAACUGUGUGAGUCUGGAUCGUAACAGUUUGGGAGAUUUACUUGAAAUAAUUCAACAUACGGCAACUGCAGCAGCAAUAACAGAACUUUGUUGUGAAGUGGCAUUUACUAGAAUACCUCAAAUUAGCUUAUUUUUACCUGGGAGUGAUAUUCCUGACAGCUUCACCCAUAAAAGUUCAGAACCUACAAUAACUAUUGAGCUACCUUGGCAUCAGUCAUCUAACAGCUGGUUGAUUGGAUUCGCUUUAUCUGCAGUUAUUACAGUUGAGGACAUUUACCUAGAUAAUACAUUUGAGGAUAGUGAUGGACUUAAGGUUUUCGUCAACUGUAAUUACCGUUUUCAUUCUGCACAUGAUGAUAAUGACCAUACUGAUAAUUACUAUACCUGGAGUUGUUUGCUCUAUAGUGGUUAUUUAGAGUUGGAAACUGAUCAUAUAGCACUAGGGUAUAGUCCUUGUAUGGAUGUGAGGCUACCAAAAAUUGAAUUUAUGACAACUUCGAGUAAUGAGGGUGAGUUUGUCACAUUUGAGUUCGGCAUAAUACGUGAACUUAAUGACCCAAUAACCGAAGGCUGCAGAAUGAAAAAUUGUGGUGUCUAUCCCUUGUAUGUUAAGACAAGUACUAGAGGUCAAAACGGAAAUGAUACAUCUAGUGAGGAGGAGGAAUCUGAUGUACAUGCUGCUAACGCAAGUGGAAUUGAAAAUGGAACUGGAAGAUCUACUGAAGAAGUGAUGGAACAAAAUUCCAACGCAAACUGCUCUUCAAGAGAAAGUUGCUCGUCGGCCUUGUGUUGUUGGGAUUUUGUUAUUAGUUUCUUUCACAUGAGGUAAUUGUGUUGUUUGGGCUCCCGGAUGUGAUGUGACAGUGUCAGCAACUACAGACACAAAAGGCCU